AUGAAGAAUCUCCUCCUGUUUGCCGCGCUGCUGGUGUGCGAACCGCCGCCGGCACGCGGAAGCGUCCUGGAGUUGAAGCGGAUGGUCAAAUCCACGACGGGGAGAAGCGCCCUGCUCUCCUACAGCUGGUACGGCUGCUUCUGCGGCAUCGGCGGGAGAGGCACCCCCGUGGACGCGACCGACUGGUGCUGCCAUGCCCACGACUGCUGCUACCGAAAGCUGAGAGAGAGCAAGUGCAGGCCCCUCAUCACCCCCUACGAGUUCGACAUCGCCGACGGAGACGUCACCUGUGGUGAUGAGCAGAGCUGGUGCAAGAGCGAGAUCUGCCAAUGCGACAAGAAGGUGGCUUCGUGCCUCGCGAGUGCCCUGCAUUCCUACAACAAAUCCUACCGUUUCUAUUUCAAACUGAAAUGCCGAGGGAGCAAGCUGGAGUGCUGA